GUAAUGUUACGUCAGCGACAGUACCAACCUGAGCAUUUCGUUUACCGUUCACACCUUUGACCCUUCUUUAUUCAACAUCGUCGUCCUUAAAUGAUCUCAAAUAACUUAUUUUACGGGUCGGUUACAGUUUGGGCGUGAAAGCCAAACCGACAAACUGGAACGGUCUAUAAGUAACCACUGAAGUAGCUGCGGGCAUGUCGUAGGUUUGACACGUGCAACUCAGGAGAAGUAACAACUUCUAGUUACGCAGCAGUGACGGAGGGAAGGAUGGAGCACCCCCGACAGAGAAAGAAGGGGAGGAAGGCUGAAGGUUCUAAAGAGAAAAGAAGCCCUGGGAAGCCACUGGACAGGAAACACCAAACGCAGCAGACAAGAACGCCGUGCGUGCAGUGCCUGGUUGUGUUUUGUGCUUUUCUCGGUUUGCUGACCACAGUCCUAAUGAUCCUUCCCUGCCCUGCGGACCCACAGGAGUACAGCUUCUCCGCCCCUCCCAAGCUCGAAGGACCGCUUGCACCAAACACCAUUCUGAGUAGAGCUGAGCAUUUCGUGGAAGGCAAGGUCGCCGGGCCAGAGUCGCUCGUGACGUACAAAGGUGACCUGUACACCGGUACAGCGGAUGGAAGGGUGUUGAGGAUACGUGGCGAGGAGGUGACACUUGUCGGCCGAACAGGGACGCCUCCUUGCGGCACCUAUGAAACUGAGCCUACCUGCGGUCGCCCACUGGGCAUGCGCGUGGACAGUCUGGGUAACCUGUACAUAGCAGACGCGUACCUGGGACUGUUGAAGAUGAACAUCAGCACAGGAGAGCAUAAAACACUCAUCCCGAUGGACGUAGAGGUAGCGGGUCAUAAGAUGAUGUUUCCGAACGAUCUGGCGAUGGACCAGGAUGGAGUUAUUUACCUCAGCGACUCUAGUCUGACGUGGCAGCGUCGUGACGUCUUCAGUCUUGUGUUGGAGAUGAAGCCAGAAGGAAGAGUUUUGCGUUAUGACACGAAGACCAAGCAGGUUCGGCAGAUCAUGGAUGGCAUCAAUUUCGCUAACGGAGUGGAGCUGUCCCCGGACCAGUCGUACCUGGUGGUGGCCGAGACGUCAACGGCUCGCAUCCUGAAACAUCACCUCCGCGGAGACCAUGCCGGUAGAACCGAGGUCCUGGCGGACAACCUCCCCGGACUGCCCGACAACAUCCGCCGCAGCAGCCGGGGCGGGUACUGGGUGGCGCUGGCGGCCACCAGGGGGACCAAGGGACCCAAUGUAAUGGACGCUAUACAGGCCAGGGCUUGGCUGAAAAGGUUAAUAUUUAAGACAAUACCCACGACUUUGCUCCUCCAUGCUGCCCCGAAGUAUGGACUGAUAUUAGAGAUAGACGAGACAGGGACCAUCGUCGCCAGCUAUCACGACCCUGACGCAGCAAGCAUCGCCGGUGGAAGCGAGAUUCACGAGCACGACGGGCACCUGUACAUAGGGUCAUACUUUGCAAGGUUUAUCGGGAAACUAGCCAUGGAAGAACUUGAUCGACUAUAACUAACUGUUUUAUCAGAUUUUAGCCUGUAGUAUAUCAGCCCCAGUUAACAACUUUUAAGAAACAGUGUGUCCUUAGUUACAAUGUAUGUUGAUUCGAGUGAAGAAUCAUCUGUGUUGGUAGAAUCCAUAGUUGAACAGUUUUAAGUAUGUUGAUAUUAUAGUUAUAUUAGUAGUUAUAGGUUGUGGAAGAAAUAGCAUUUCAGUGGAAUAAAUUACGCGCGAUUAGCUCUCAUACUGUGGAUAGUGAAAUUAGUUCAUUUGUUGUAUGUUUUAUAUUUGCUGGUGCUAUUUUGUGUAAGUAUCGUAAUAAGUAUAUUUGUUAACUUGAAAGUUCAUCUGUGUUGGUAGAAGUCAUUAUUGGACUAGUUAAACUGUAAUAUCCAACACAAAAAUUGGACUCACACAAAUUCUCGACUGAACAGCCGUUCCUUGACAAAGACUGGUGCUGUUCAGUUGAACAAUUGGGUGAGUCCAAUUUUUGUUUUGGAUAUUACAGUUUAACUAGUCCAAUAAGUAUAUUUGUUUGUGCCUUUAUCUAGACUCGAUAUUGCUCCAUUCGGCCAUCAUGGUCGCUUUUCAUAGAGGUCGAGUUAGACUCACUGAAUGUACACAUCAUAAUCACAGCUGUGAGCACUUAAUCAGUCAGUGACGUGUCCUCUUCCAGGAUGCCAUGCGAAUUGGGACAUAAUUUGUAUGACUUAUCAGAAAAUACUGUAAUAGCUUUCUUUUAAAAGAUAGAAUUGUCAUGUUUGUGACGUGUGUGAUUUGGGUAGACAUCAUGAGAUAUGAAUUACGCACAUCAGGUUAUUGACUUCAUAGCAAUAAUGAUCGUGAAUCUGGCUAAAACAGUUUAAAGAUGGGGUUGCGAUGAUUGGUUCAGCAUAUGGACGGCAAUUAAAUACAAUGGCAUGUUUACAGAAACGCAACCUAUUUACAACUCGGUUUAUUUAUAAACAGAAGGCAAAGACAGAGAGAUUCUUUGUAUAUUUUUUUGUGUUAUAGCUAGCCGGUAAGCCUAGGGCAGUACGGAAUAUUUAACAAAGUUAUGUUCCAUGGUACAAACCGACAACACAAGUACCGACAUCCAGUGCCCUGUUUUCUCUACUUUUGUCUAGAUUCUUCCUCAUACAGCUUGGUUCAAACACUAAAGCUUCAGUUGUCGGUUUUACUGUAACUUCGCCCUUCCUCGCAACCAUGUAGUCCAUUAGUUGAAAGUCUUACCCCUGAGCUUAUCACCCACUGAAAAAGUUGUCGUUAUCAUUACACCAGGAAAAAUGACAAA